AGGCUCUUCUCAGCGGCCUGAUACCCAGCCCUAGCAUAUAACCGCUGCUGCGCCCUCCACAAACCCGUGGGAGGCGACAGGGACGCGGUAAUGCAGAGGGGAGUUUCCAGGAAGUGCAGUGGCCAUAUUGGAUCCCAUUGAGAGCCAGGAGCUAGGAUUGCAUCGAUUCAGACGACACAAGCUCGGGAGACGUCAGCAUGGCCGCCACUGAUGUAGAGCGGGCAAACAAUGAAGAAAAACGCAGCCUCUCGCUGGGCGGCCAUGUGGGUUUUGACAGCCUUCCAGAUCAGCUUGUUAGUAAAUCGGUUACUCAAGGCUUCUGCUUCAACAUCCUAUGUGUAGGUGAAACUGGCAUUGGAAAGUCUACCUUAAUGAACACCCUUUUUAACACAACAUUUGAAACGGAAGAAGCAAGCCAUUAUGAGAAUGGAGUUCGAUUAAGACCACGAACAUAUGAGCUUCAAGAGAGCAAUGUGCACCUGAAACUGACCAUCGUGGACACUGUGGGGUUUGGAGACCAAAUCAACAAAGAGGACAGUUACAGGUCAGUCGUUGACUACAUUGAUACUCAGUUUGAGAAUUAUCUACAAGAAGAACUGAAAAUUCGACGUUCCCUUUUUAACUUCCAUGACUCCAGGAUACAUGUCUGCCUAUACUUCAUCACCCCAACAGGACAUUCCCUAAAAUCCCUGGAUCUAGUGACCAUGAAGAAGCUGGACAGUAAGGUUAAUAUUAUUCCAAUAAUUGCGAAAGCGGACACUAUUUCCAAGAGUGAGCUCCACAAGUUUAAGAUCAAGAUCAUGAGUGAACUGGUCAGCAAUGGUGUCCAGAUCUACCAGUUUCCAACUGAUGACGAUGCUGUAGCAGAGAUCAACUCUGUGAUGAAUGCUCACCUUCCCUUUGCAGUAGUAGGGAGCACAGAGGAGGUAAAAGUUGGGAAUAAGCUGGUGAGAGCUAGACAGUACCCAUGGGGAGUUGUACAAGUUGAAAAUGAGAGCCACUGUGACUUUGUAAAACUGAGAGAAAUGCUGAUUCGGGUGAACAUGGAGGACCUCAGAGAGCAGACGCACACCCGCCACUAUGAGCUAUACAGACGCUGCAAACUAGAAGAGAUGGGAUUUAAAGACACGGAUCCUGACAGCCAGCCAUUCAGUCUUCAGGAAACUUAUGAAGCCAAAAGGAAAGAAUUUCUAGAGGACCUACAUCUGAAAGAGGAAGAAAUGCGGCAGAUGUUUGUGAACAGAGUCAAGGAAACUGAGGCUGAACUGAAGGAGAAGGAGCGUGAGCUGCAAGAGAAGUUUGCACAUCUAAAGAAAAUUCACCAUGAUGAGAACAAAAAGCUGGAAGAUAGGAGGAAGGAGUUAGAAGAAGAGAUGAAUGCAUUCAACAGACGGAAAAUAGCAGUGGAGUCCUUGCAGUCACAGUCAUUCCAAGCGACUUCUCAACAGCCUUUAAAGAAGGACAAGAAAAAUUAAGAUGCACAGACUUAUAUGUCAAGAUUGGACUUACAGGUUCAUGUCAUUACUUUGCAUGAAUUCUCACCACCAUCCAUCCUAACAUUGUAUGAAUGGACCAAAGCAUACAGACCACCUGGACACUGCAGAGUUUACAACGUACCCAGUAAUAGUAAUAUGUGCAGGAAUAAUGUGAGUCCUAUUCAGUUUAGAAGCUUGAAGCUAUCUAAUUUUCUAUGCAACACAGAAUGUGUAUUUAAAGCUCU